CCAUUCAGGCAGCUUGAAGGCCAGCACGCUGGGGUCCUCUCAGCCAGUAGAAGCUAGCAUAAAUUGCGAAGAGAAUAUCUCGGUGAAAAAUUCACUUAUUCGAUAUUGUGGUUAUUUGUUCCAUGCCAAAUCUCCUCCCUUAGGUAACCAAAUAUUCUCCGUGAUAUAUACUCCCCCCAAAAAAUAGUUCGAAUUUAAUUGUUGGACAAAGGCGCUGUGUGGAUGCCAAAUGGACUAUGGACUGCUAUGCCCCAGUAAAUGACGGUGAUUCGGCAAAACAGCAGGAGCGGCAUUACUACCUGUUGUCAGAGCUGCAGAACUUGGCGAAAGAUUUGCCGAGCUCCUUCCAGCAACGCCUGUCCUACAAUACACUUGGAGACCUGGCUCUGGCCCUCAUAGAUGGAACAGUUUAUGAGAUCGUGCGGGGGCUCCUGGAUAUUCAGCACCUGACAGAGAAAAACCUUUACAGCCAGAGGCAGAAGUUGCACUGUGAACACCAAGCCCUGAAGCAAGAUAUAGCACGGAAGCACAAAGAAGCCCUGCUGUCAUGCAAGUCUCACAACCUGGCACUCCUCAAAUCAAAUCAGCAAGCUGAACAGGAGGCGCUUGAAAUUCGUGUGCGGGAGGAACAGAGAAUGAUGGAUAAGAAAAUUGUGUCUGAGAUCGAUCAAAAAGUUACAGACCAACAGAAUACUUUGGAGAAGGCUGGAGUUCCUGGUUUCUACAUCACUGCAAAUCCCCAGGAGCUGACAAUGCAGAUGAACCUGCUGGAGUUGAUCCUGAAGCUUCAACAGAAAGAGUCCCAGUCCGGGUUUUUCUAAGAUGCAACAUAAGGCAUGACAACAACAAAAAAAUACCUCGAUGACAUUUAAAAAAAAAAAAGUGCUUAAACCCCGCAUUAUCAUCGGAAAACCAUCAAGUUACUUGAAAAUAGAUGCAUUUGAAAUAUGGGACAUGAACGUGUGAAUUGUGUCCCUGAAAUCAUUUUUUUUCACCCACUGGCAACGUGAUGGGUUCUUUAUGGGAACUUGAAGAUCCAGAAAGAUCAACCCAAGCAAAUACACUUAAAUCUGGAGAGGUGCUUUUGGAUUUAGGAUGGAAGAGUCUGACAGUGCUUGUUUUGAUCUGAUUGCAUAUUUGCGACAAUAUUAAUUCAGAUGCACUGUACUUUAUGAGCACCCUUGCUUUGUUGUGGAUUGUUGGGAUUUUUUUUUCCAGACCUUGAUGGAGACGGGACCAACUUGAACAGAUGUUCUUGAUUAAAGUUAACUUUUUUGUGUACAUACUGAAUACAAAAUUGAAAAAUUAUUUUUCAACAUUAAAUAUUUAUAAUACAA